CUGUACAAUAGCGUCGAUCAACAAUUUGACAGCACAUGGCCUGUCAAUGCAGUAGUUUACCAUACCGGAAAUGUUACCUGGAUACCACCAGCCGUAAUUAGGUCAAGUUGCAGUAUUGACAUCGCUUAUUUUCCCUUCGAUUCUCAGCACUGUACUAUGAAGUUUGGAUCUUGGACAUACUCAGGAUUCUUCACUGAUUUGCGCAAUGCUUCAGUUUCUGUAGGCACAUAUCAACCAAAUGGAGAAUGGGAGCUGUUAGGUACUUUUUUACCAAACGUUGGAAUGAGCACCGCCUUUUCUUCGAAUUAAAA